CCUCCUUUUCGAAAGUCUUCGGACGCGGAGUUAGCCAUUUGCAGACGAUCCCUUUUCAGUUCAGGGGGUUCCCUUGCAUAGUGCCGAUGGAGCAAAAAAGCAAGAUCUGCGUUGCCCUUCGACUCGCUCAGGGGCCUUUGGGCACAGCUGCUGCCUCACAGCAUGAAUAGGCUUCAAAACUGAUUCUUGGAACUUUACUGGGACUCACCGCGAUAGAGGGAGAAAGAGAGAGAUUCAAGCAUCCACUCCCACCUUCUGGUUGCUCUCAGUUACUUUGCAGACUGUGUUUGGGAUCAUCUGACUGUCUUCAUCAGUGUCUCAUGCUGUCUGCACAACAAUGGCAAAGGUUGAUCCUGGCAUCUGUAAUGGAGUCUAAAUUGGGGAAUGACACUUCUCAGAGAAAAACUCCCUAGGAGACCAUAAGCAUAGAUGGACAACAUGCUUGUGGAAGAGCCUUCAUCAAGCGAAGGAGGCACCCUCUCCCUGAACGAACUCAUGUUUCUGGAUGUCCUGACCAACAACACAGAGGAGCAGUGCUUCAGCGCCCAAGCCCGCAGCACCGUCCUGCAAGGGCUGCCGUUUGGAGGUGUGCCCACAGUGCUUGCCCUCAACUUCAUCCUCUGGCUGUUUCUUCUUUUGGUCUUCUCCUGCCUUCGGAAAGCAGCUUGGGACUAUGGGCGCCUGGCCCUGUUGAUGGAUAAUGACAGCCUGACAUCACUUUUCUAUGGAGAGCAAAGUGAAAAAGAAAAAUCCCCAUCGGAGACCAGCCCACUGGAUGCUGAAAACAAAGAUGUGGGCUUCUGCUCCUGGCUCCUUUCCGUCUACCAGAUGAAAGAUGAGGAAAUUCAAAGCAAAUGCGGAAUUGAUGCCACCACCUACCUCUCCUUCCAGAGGCAUAUACUGGUGCUGCUUAUGAUCAUCUGCGUGCUCUCAGUGGCUGUCAUCCUCCCCGUCAACUUCUCUGGCGACCUUCUGGGAAAGAACCCAGCUACCUUUGGCCGAACCACAGUCGCAAAUGUCCCCAAAGAUGACCGUCUUUUGUGGUUACACAGUAUCUUUGCUCUCCUUUAUUUCAUCAUCACUGUCCUGUGCAUGGCUCAUCACUCCAUCCAACUUGAAUACAAGGAGAAUGAAAAGGUAGCCCGGACAUUGAUGGUAACUGGGAUUCCCAAGGAGAUCACAGAUCCCUCCCUUGUUGUCAAGCACUUUCAUGAGGCUUACCCGAGCUGCACAGUGACUGGUAUCCAGUUUUGCUCUGAUGUCCGCAAACUGAUGAAGCUUGAUUCAGAAAGGCGCAAGGCCAUGAAGGGGAGGCUUUACUUCACCACCAAGGCUCAAAAGGAGGGGAAGAUCAUGAUCAAGAUCCACCCCUGCUCCCGCAUCUUCUGUUGCCAUUUUUGUGGCUUUGAGGAGGUGGAUGCUGAGCAAUACUAUGGGGAGCUGGAAGAGAAGCUGACAGAUGAAUUUAAUGCUGAACGUGGCCGGAUUGCUCUCAAGCGCCUCGACAUGGCUUUUGUCACCUUCCAAGAUGAAAGAAUGACAGCCACUAUUUUGAAGGAUUACAGCCGCAUCCGCUGCCACAAGCAUCCCCAACAGUCAUCCGUGACGACAGUGGUGAAAUCCCAUUGCUGGGGAGUCAGCUAUGCCCCCGCCCCAAAUGACAUCAUCUGGGAGAAUUUAUCUGUCCGUGGUGCUGUGUGGUGGGUCCGAUUUAUCCUGCUCAACAUCUGCCUCUUCCUCCUCCUCUUCUUCCUCACCACACCUGCCAUCAUUGUCAACACCAUGGACAUGUUCAAUGUGACGCGGCCCGUGGAGACCCUCAAGAACCCGAUUGUCACUCAGUUCUUUCCCACACUGCUGCUCUGGGCCUUCUCUGUGUUCCUUCCGUUCAUUGUGUAUUACUCAGCUUUCUUUGAGUCACACUGGACAAGGUCAACUGAAAAUCAGAUCACAAUGCACAAGUGUUACUUUUUCUUGGUAUUUAUGGUUAUCAUCUUGCCCUCUCUUGGACUGACCAGUUUGGAUCUUUUCUUCCGCUGGCUCUUUGACACCCACUUUGUGGAUCAGGCAGAGAUAAAGUUUCAGUGUGUUUUCCUCCCCGAUAAUGGUGCUUUCUUUGUCAACUACGUUGUCACCUCCAGCCUGAUUGGGACAGCCAUGGAGCUGCUGCGCAUCCCUGGCCUCAUUGUCUAUGCCACACAGCUCUGCUUUGCCAAAUCUGAACCGGAGCGACUCCACAUCAAGAGGAGCCAAGCUUAUGAGUUCCAGUUUGGAUUGGAGUAUGCCUGGACUUGCUGCAUAUUCGCUGUUGUCAUGACCUAUAGCAUCACAUGCCCCAUUAUCGUCCCCUUUGGCUUGCUCUAUAUGCUGCUGAAGCACAUGGUUGACCGGUAUAAUAUUUACUAUGUGUAUAUUCCCACCAAGCUAAACCAACGCAUCCACUCGGCAGCCAUAAGCCAGGUAGUGGUGGCUCCCAUCCUCUGCAUGUUCUGGCUGCUCUUCUUCUCCAUUCUCCGCCUAGGCUCCAUCCACCCCAUCACCAUCUUCACCUGUGUAGUCCUUCUCUGUUGCAUCCUUUCUUCCUUCUUCAGCCUGUGCUUGAAGAAGCUGCAGCCAAGGCAGCCUUCCAGUUACCAGAUGUCUGAGCAAUCUGAAGGCACUUUCAAUGAUGCAGAAAGGAGCAGCAUCUCUUCAACUCCCAAUUCAAAUAUGUUUGUGGCCACCGUGCUUCAGGAGUCAGAACUGAGCCUGACACCAGCAGCAUCCCCAGCUCAUCAGUCCUAUGGCACUAUGGGCAGCCGUCUGGAGCAAGUGGAGAAUGUGGAAGAGGGGAUGCUGCAGAGCUUUGAAACAGAGCUGGAAAGCACGGAGGGUGAAUUCAGAACUGGGCCUGUGCUGGACAACCAAACCCGCUACCGUUGACCGUGCCCCACCAGAGCAAUGACAGACAGACGGGAACAUUUAGAGUAUUAAGUGUGCCAGAGGGAAAGCAUCGUGUCCCAAGGCCUAGAUUGUUCCGACUGCCAUAUCCGUCCCGCUACAAGCCAGACUUGGGCAAAGCUCCAGGCUUGUGUAACAAGAUCUGAAACGGUCAGGUGGGCGCACAGUGUGCCCUUCG